AUGUCAAAACAUGCGGACAGUUUUUUGAGCCACUGUAUAGUCGCACUCCAGGAACCCUUCAUCGACACUCUAGGUAAUACAAAGGCAACCCCAGACUGGAACAUCAUAUACCCUAUGCAUAGGUUCACCCACAACAAACAAUCACGCACAGUCACAUUAAUACACAAACAGCUAGACACCAACAACUGGAGGCAAAUCCUGUUCCCAUCUUUGGAUGUGGUUGUUAUCCAAAUGCAGGGCGCCUUCGGAAAGCUCACCAUCGUCAACAUCUAUGACGACAGUAAGAAACGAGAAGUCCUACCUGCACUAACUGCAUUCCUAGACAAGGAGAGCUGA